GAAAAACAAACGAAGCGAUUUCUGAGCACGAUGGCAGAUCCUAGAAUUCGGCAAAUUAAAAUCAAGACCGGCGUUGUAAAGCGCAUAGCUAAGGAGAAAGUGGUUUACGAAAAGGAGGCCGAACUACAAAAGAACAGGAUACAGAAGAUUAAAGACGAGGGCCAGGACGAACAUAACAUCCGAAAACAAGAGGAGGUUCUGCAGGAGUCCCUUAUGAUGGUCCCUGACUGUCAAAGACGGUUGGCAAAAGCAUUUGCAGAUCUCAAGAAUACUCUAGAAACGGAGGCAGACCUCAAGGAGCACGAAGACUACCUCACGGCUCAGCAAGUUCUAAAAGACGCCGAGUGCCAACUGGUCACAGCUUCUUAAGCUUAUACCUAACUAUUUUUAAUAAUUUAAUAUAAUCAUAACAAUCAUGGCUUAUUAUAAUGAAAAUUU